CGAGCGGCAGAGCGCGGUGCGGGAGGGGACGCGGGAGGCGCCGGGAAGGCCCGCCGAGGCUGCCCAGCCGGAGGCCGCCGGCCCGAUGGAGGAGAUGGAGGAAGAGCUCAAGUGCCCGGUGUGCGGCUCCUUCUACCGCGAGCCCAUCCUGCUGCCCUGCUCGCACAACCUGUGCCAGGCGUGCGCCCGCAACAUCCUGGUGCAGACGCCCGAGGCCGAGUCCCCGCGCAGCCGGCGCGCCUCGGGCUCCGGCGCCUCCGACUACGACUACCUGGACCUGGACAAGAUGAGCCUCUACAGCGAGGCGGACAGCGGCUACGGCUCCUACGGCGGCUUCGCCAGCGCGCCCACCACGCCGAGCCAGAAGUCCCCCAACGGCGUGCGCGUCUUCCCGCCCGCCGUGCCGCCGCCCGCCGCCCACCUGUCGCCCGCGCUGGCCCCGGUGCCCCGCAACUCGUGCAUCACCUGCCCGCAGUGCCACCGCAGCCUGGUGCUGGACGACCGGGGGCUGCGCGGCUUCCCCAAGAACCGCGUGCUGGAGGGCGUCAUCGACCGCUACCAGCAGAGCAAGGCCGCGGCGCUCAAGUGCCAGCUCUGCGAGAAGGCGCCCAAGGAGGCUACCGUCAUGUGCGAGCAGUGCGACGUCUUCUACUGCGACCCGUGCCGCCUGCGCUGCCACCCGCCGCGCGGGCCGCUGGCCAAGCACCGGCUGGUGCCCCCGGCGCAGGGCCGCGUGAGCCGGCGGCUGAGCCCGCGCAAGGUGUCCACCUGCACGGACCACGAGCUGGAGAACCUCAGCAUGUACUGCGUGCAGUGCAAGGUGCCGGUGUGCUACCAGUGCCUGGAGGAGGGCAAGCACUCCAGCCACGAGGUCAAGGCUCUGGGGGCCAUGUGGAAGCUGCACAAGAGCCAGCUCUCCCAGGCACUGAACGGUCUGUCGGACAGAGCCAAGGAAGCCAAGGAGUUUCUGGUGCAGCUCCGCAACAUGGUCCAGCAGAUCCAGGAGAACAGCGUGGAGUUUGAGGCCUGCCUGGUGGCCCAGUGUGACGCCCUCAUCGAUGCCCUCAACAGGCGGAAAGCCCAGCUGCUCGCACGUGUCAACAAGGAGCAUGAGCACAAGCUGAAGGUGGUUCGAGAUCAGAUCUCUCACUGCACUGUGAAAUUGCGCCAGACCACGGGUCUCAUGGAGUAUUGCCUAGAGGUGAUUAAGGAAAAUGAUCCUAGUGGCUUUUUGCAGAUUUCUGACGCCCUCAUAAGGAGAGUGCACCUGACUGAGGAUCAGUGGGGGAAAGGCACGCUCACUCCCAGGAUGACCACGGACUUCGACUUGAGUCUGGACAACAGCCCUCUGCUGCAGUCCAUUCACCAGCUCGACUUCGUGCAGAUGAAAGCUUCCCCUCCAGUCCCAGCAACCCCCAUCCUACAGCUGGAGGAGUGUUGCACCCACAACAGCAGCGCCACGCUGUCCUGGAAACAGCCACCUCUGUCCACGGUGCCCGCCGAAGGAUACAUUCUGGAGCUGGAUGACGGCAGUGGGGGUCAGUUCCGGGAGGUAUAUGUUGGGAAGGAGACCAUGUGCACCGUGGACGGUCUGCACUUCAACAGCACAUACAACGCUCGUAUCAAGGCCUUCAACAAAACGGGCGUCAGCCAGUACAGCAAGACCCUGGUCCUGCAAACGUCCGAGGACACAGAUUCAGAAGAACAGACACUCCCUUUUCCAGUGCCUUUGGAGAGAUUGCCGCUCCGUAGAAGGAGUCCUUUCUCCUCCACCCUUAACCUACAGCGCAGCCUCCUGGGGAGAUCCCACUUUGACUUCCGAUCCUCACCCCACCAGCCGAGCUUGCAUUCCUCCCUACAGUCUCUCAAUGCACCGGGAUGCAAUUUUGAGACACAGUCCACACCUUACUCUCAACUAGUUGACAUUAAAAAGCUGCUGGCAGCGGCCUGGUUUGCUUUCGACCCUGGCUCAGCACACUCUGACAUCAUCUUCUCCAAUGACAACUUGACUGUGACCUGCAGCAGCUACGAUGACCGCGUGGUACUGGGGAAGACCGGCUUCUCCAAGGGUGUCCACUACUGGGAGCUAACUGUGGAUCGCUAUGACAACCACCCCGAUCCUGCCUUCGGAGUGGCUCGCAUCGAUGUGAUGAAGGAUGUGAUGUUAGGGAAGGACGACAAAGCGUGGGCAAUGUAUGUGGACAAUAACCGAAGCUGGUUCAUGCACCACAACUCGCACACCAACAGAACUGAGGGAGGGAUCACAAAGGAGGCCACAGUUGGGGUGCUCCUCGACUUAAAUAGAAAAACCUUGACGUUUUUUAUCAACGACGAGCAGCAAGGGCCCAUCGCGUUUGAAAACAUGGAGGGCCUGUUGUUCCCAGCAGUCAGCCUGAACCGGAACGUGCAGGUCACACUGCACACCGGGCUCCCGGUCCCCGACUUCUACUCCAGCAGAGCAUCAAUAGCCUAAGGAUGAGCUGUGGAGGCACCAGCUGCCUGUUCUUACCCCCGCCUGAGAGCGCGACAGCGAGGAGCUCGGGUCAGAGAGCUGGGAGGAGAGGAGAAGGAGGAGAGAGCUGGUCCUCUAGUCUUCACACUCACGGCUCCGCGCCUUUCCCUUCCAACCUCUCUGCAGCUGUAACGCCUGUGUUCACUUCUGUGGUUGGCAGUUGUGACCAACAAAGGACCUGGACAGCCCACCACAUCACUCCAUUUCCACUCCCAGAUUUUGCUUUUAUUUAACUUUUUUAUGUAGGUGAGUUAUGUUUUGGGUUUUUUUCUGAUCAUGUUAUUGGUGACUUACUGAACUGGCACUGUCAAGAGGAAAUUCUCCUGAUCACUUUCUUAAGCUUUCUGACAAAGAGCUUGUAGGGAGAGGUAGGGAAGCAUGAGCUGAAUUUGGAGCUUGCGGUUCACCUCUGAGAACGUUCCUGCAUUCUUCUCUCUGGGGCAGUGCUGGCUCAGCAUAGCUCAUCUUUGGGAGAAGGGCAGAAAGAAUGUAGCACUGAGUUUUACUAUCCAUUGAAGCAUGAAAAUAUCAGCUACACGUUACACAAAGGUUUGCAGCGGGGUAGGAUCACUGGGAUACCUGGGUCCUUAGGACAGGCCAGAAACCCUGGUCACAGAAUGAAAUUGGAAAGUCUCUAGGUAUAGGCAGACCAGGGAGCUUAAUGAUUUGGUUCAUUUAUUUAAUACAAGUUUUUAAUGGAGAACCUGCUAUGGACCAGGCACUGUUCUAGCCACUGGAGAGACGGUGGUAAAUACACAGGUGUGGUCUCUGCCCUCCUGGAGCUUAUGGAAACAAACCAAAAAUAAAAUAGCGACCAAUUAUUACAAGUACUAGAGACAAAUCAACAGGAGGCAAGGAGGCUCAUUGGCUAGAUCUUUCAGAUCCCCUAGAAUGAUGCUAGAAAUCCACACACUGUGGCCACAGUACCAGAAAUGUACCAACUCAAUGCCUUUCAGCCACACUAUUUUAAUUAUAGUACCUGCUGCUGUUCAUCAGAGCCCUUCCUUGGUAGAAGUGGUGUCAGCAUUCUUAUUUGUUAGUGCUGCAAUGAUACUAAGCCUUAAAAAUGAAUGUGAAAAAAACAGUGACCAGAGGGAGGAGGACCCAUCCCAGGGAUGGGAUCUGAAGUUGCAGCCCAUGGCCCUCACGUUCUCAGGAUAAACAUGCCUGUCUCGUGUGUACUGUCUGUGCCUGUUCAAGUGAAAAACCCAUCACUCUGCUGCCAUCCACAACCUGACUUUCCAGAGUAAUUCAGAUAAAGUUCAGAAGAAGAUGAAAUUGUACGUCAUUUCUGACUGACAGCAGAAUCAGAACGCUUACCACUUCUAUGAGGAGAUGGACUUCUCUAAGUCACCCUUCAGAUUCUUUAGUCUGACGUGAAGUUUUAGAAAAUGGAGCACCUGGAAAGAGGUUCUGAGUAGUUGUCUAAAUAUUUGCCAGUGAGCCAAGAAAUUUACCACGAAAAAACAAGAAUAACAAAUAGAAGGGAAGAGGUGGGAUGAGAAAGCUAACAAACAAAAAGUUUUGGCAAAAAGUACUAUCUGUAAAUAGCUAAGGGUUUACUUUUGUGCUUCCUGGACUUGGAUGACCUCCCUCGGUUGCGGUGUUUUCUGGUUAAGUGUACCUAAUUUACUGAAUGGGUGCUAUCCUGUGUGUCCUUCCUGGGUUCUCAACACUGGUGUGAUAUUUGGUUUACUCUCCGCUGGGCCUCGAUGGCUGGGCCACUGUAGACUCAUAGUUGCUCCUGUUCCUUACGAAAUCCAUCCUGCUACUUAAAUUUCUAGUGACGUGUAACAGAGUUUUCACGGAAUUGCAGUUAUAGAACAAUUAUAGAACAAUGCAUACAGCUACUGUAUGGAAAAAAUCAGUAUUUCUGGUGUGCCAAUAAAUGAUUUUUAUGA